GGAGGCGCGCGUGAGGGGCGACGACGGCCAGGGCCCGGGGCUGCCCGGCAGCGGCGGCACGGGGAGCGCGCGCCCCGGGCAGGAGAGGCCGAUCGGGGGCAGCUGGCCGCCAGGGUGCAGCGCCUGGAGGCCGCGCAGAUCGACGGGUCGGCGGUGGAGGAGCGCCUGGCCGGCGUGGAGUCCCUCUGCGAGCGAGUGGAGUCCGUGCUGCGGGAGGCCUCGGCGGUGAGCGCCUCGGGGAGCGAGGUGGCCGCGGUUUCGGAGAGCAUCUCCCAGCUGGACACGAGGCUGGCCUCCGUCGAGCAGCAGAUCGCGGCCCUGCCCGCAGCUGCGCCCGGCGGGGGCGCGCAGCCCGCGGCGAGGGGGCAGGAGGGCUCCGACGGCAGCAGCUUCUUCGUGGCCAGCUACAUGGACGAGGACGCUCGCGGCGGGCCUCCGGGCGGAGCUGGCCGAGCGCCUGGAGGCGCUGGCCCCGCAAGGGGGACCUGUGCGCGGGGAGGGCCGCGCCUCGCUGCCGCUCGUCCUCGUCGUCGUCGUCGUCGUCGUCGUCGUCGUC